ACAUCAUAGUUGGUUGUAUUGGCAACAUCGCUUCACUUUCCGCUAACUUCAGAGUAUAGUUUCUUUUCUUUUACUUGUCUUAUAGGACACGAACAUGGCUACCGGAAAGAAGAAGACGAGGAAGUUAAGAGGACACGUAAGCCACGGUCAUGGUCGUAUUGGUAAACAUCGUAAGCAUCCCGGUGGUCGCGGUAAUGCCGGUGGUCUUCAUCACCACAGAAUCAACUUUGACAAAUACCAUCCUGGGUACUUCGGAAAGUUAGGUAUGCGUAACUACCAUGUAAAGAAGAAUAGCAAAUGGUGCCCCAUUAUAAAUUUAAAUACAUUAUGGAGUCUUGUAAGUGAAGAAACAAGGUUGAAGUACAAAAACGACAAAGAGGGAAAGGCACCAGUCAUCGAUGUUGUACAACACGGAUUCCAUAAGGUAUUAGGAAAAGGUACGCUUCCUAAUCAACCUGUGAUUGUGAGAGCGAAACUCUUCUCCAAGCUUGCAGAAAGUAAAAUUAAAGCAGCUGGGGGAGCUUGCGUAUUACGUGCAUAAUUUUUAUAUUAAUAAACCACUUAAUAUACCUA